CUUGCCCAUUGGCUCAUGCAGCUUUCACUCGGGGUGGUGGGGGGACCCGCUUGGUCCCGCUCCCCGACCCACAGUGAGAUUGCCGAGGCGGGGAAGCCCCGGCGCUGCCUUGAUUCCAUUCUGCCUCGUCCCGGGGCUACGGCAGCGGCGCGAGACAGGCACCAGCCAUGGAAGAAUUAAUAGUUGAACUGCAGCUGUUUCUUCAACUUCUGGACCAUGAAUACUUGACGUCUACAGUCAGGGAAAAGAAAGCAGUUUUAAAUAACAUUCUUCUAAGAAUACAGGCAACAAAAGACUUUGAGGUAAAGGAAAAUGUACAGAGACAAGAGAUUGCCAUCAAUUUACCUGCACCACCUCAGAUGCCUUUGCCAGAAAUCCCACAGCAAUGGCUGCCACCAGAUAAUGGUCCUCCUCCGUUGCCUUCCUCUUCUCUUCCUGAAGGUUACUAUGAAGAGGCUGUGCCACUCAGCCCAGGGAAAGCUCCUGAAUACAUUACAUCCAAUUAUGAUUCUGAUGCAAUGAGUAGUUCGUAUGAAUCUUAUGAUGAAGAAGAUGAAGAUGGAAAAGGGAAAAAAAUGAGACAUCAAUGGCCUUCGGAAGAAGCAUCGAUGGACCUUGUUAAGGAUGCUAAAAUCUGUGCCUUCCUUUUACGAAAAAAACGAUUUGGACAGUGGACCAAACUAUUGUGUGUGAUCAAAGAAAACAAACUGUUGUGCUAUAAAAGUUCCAAGGAGCAACAGCCUCAGAUGGAACUGUUAUUGUGUGACUGCAGUAUUACAUAUAUCCCCAAAGACAGUAAAAAGAAGAAGCAUGAACUAAAAAUUGCACACCAAGGUCAAGAUGCUCUAGUCCUUGCUGUACAGAGCAAGGAACAAGCAGAUCAAUGGCUGAAGGUAAUAAAGGAAGUUUGCAGCACCUAUGUUGGCACAGUAGAUUCAGAUGGACCAUCAUCUAAUUCUGUGUAUAAGGCUGAUCUGGAAAAGAAGCUGUCCUUAGAAAGACCAAGUUCUGAUGGAGAAGGUGUGGUAGAAAAUGGCAUAACCAAUGUUUGUAAUGGGAAAGAACAUGUAAAGAGGAAAAAGAGCUCAAAGGUGGACUCCAAAGGCACUGUUCCUAAAGUAACAGGGAAGAAGAUAACAAAGAUAAUUGGGUUGGGGAAAAAAAAGCCAUCUACGGAUGAACAGACCUCAUCUGCUGAAGAAGAUAUACCAACAUGUGGAUAUCUUAAUGUGCUAUCAAAUAACCGUUGGCGUGAGCGCUGGUGCAGAGUGAAAGAUAAUAAGCUUAUACUCCACAAAGACAGGACAGAUCUAAAGACUCACAUUGUUUCUAUCCCUCUCCGUGGCUGUGAAGUUAUUCCAGGAUUGGAUUCCAAACAUCCCCUGACAUUCCGCUUGCUUCGAAAUGGUCAGGAGGUUGCAGUAUUAGAGGCUUCAUCUUCAGAAGAUAUGGGCAGGUGGAUUGGGAUUCUGCUGGCUGAGAAUGGGUCUUCUGCAGAUCCCGGCACUUUGCACUAUGACUACAUAGAUGUGGAUGUGACAGCCAGUGUCAUUCAAGCUGCAAAGCAAACAUUCUGUUUUAUGAACAGACGAGUUCUUUCUACUAAUCCUUACAGAGGAAAUGCUGCUAAUGGCUAUGCGUGUCCCAGUGGGAUGGCACUUCAUUAUGACGAUGUUCCUUGCAUAAAUGGAUCAUUUAAAGGAAAGAAAAUGCCAGUAGCUGCAAAUGGGAUUUCAGGAAAAGGGAGAACGUUAAGUAAUUCACCCAAAAAAUCAGAAUUUCCUUCAAAUGUGAAACGUAGCAACUCUAAUGCAGAUCAAUACAAGUAUGGAAAGAACCGCGUUGAAGCAGAUGCAAAGAGAUUACAGACAAAAGAGGAGGAACUAUUAAAGAAAAAAGAAAUCCUGAGGAAUCACUUGGCUCAGUUACGAAAGGAAAGGAAAGACCUCCGGGCAGCUCUUGAAAUGAAUCCUGGCAAGAAAUCCCUAGUAAUUCUUGAAGAUAAAUUAAAGAAGUUGGAAGAAGAGUGUAAGUUGAAAGAGUCUGAGCGGGUGUCUCUGGAACUAGAGUUGACAGAAGUGAAAGAGAAUUUGAAAAAGGCUUUGGCUGGAGGCAUCACACUAGGAUUGGCAAUUGAGCCUAAAUCACAGAAUUUAACUGCACAGUCUCCAGUUCUAAGGCAUCAGACUCUGGAAAAUUCACCCAUCUCCAGUUGUGAUACAAGUGAUACAGAAUGUUCUAUGCCUGUGAAUAGUGCAAUUGUCCUGAAAAGACAUUCUUCCUCAAGCACCUCUCCAUGCCGAGGCCAUGUGCUUCAGAAGGCAAAGGAGUGGGAGAUGAAAAAUGGAACAUAAAGAAGUACAAUUACUAUUAGAAUUCUGCUUUGGGACUCUUGACUCAAGAUGGACUAAGAAAGAUUAAUCUGCACAGGGGUAUUAAAUGGGUUGUCAGUUCUGUUUAGUGAAUGGUCAGUAUGCUUAAUGCAGCUUAAAAGGGGGCCCUUCUUGAAUGUGUCAUUUCAAAUGCAGUGAUUAUUUACUCACUUAAAAAUAUGAAAGGAACAGUUUAAAUGAUUACAGUAGAUGGAUCAGGUAAAACUAGCACUAGCAAUUGUGUUGAAUGGAAAUGGAGAUUGGCAUGUUUCAGUACCCAUUUGGAAUAGUGUUAGAUACAUUUUCAUUAUCAUUAUAUCAUUAAUUUCAUAUCAUAUCUAAUGAUAUGAAAUCCAAUGUUGACUCUCUAAGACCUUGCUGUAUGAAUGUGGGGAUUCACAGGAUUGUAAUAUUGAUUCAAAGCUUAUGAAUUUUAUACUAGAGAAGAAUGGAAAGCUGUAGUCUUUGCAGAAAUUACACAAGUGCUGUUUUCCAUGGUGACUAGAGAUCAGAGAAGGACUAAAUUCUCCACUAGGAAGGGAAAUUAGAGCAAAUAGAAAAACAUCUUCCAAACCCAAGUAAUAAUACUGGUCUGUUUUGAACUUUUUUUAAAAAAAAUGUAUUUAUUUCCUAGCUUGUUUUGAAAUGUUUUUACGGAUUUUAUUUUCAAAAAUUAAAUAGCAAUGGGUGCCACUUUACAGACACGAAAAAGCUCCACAACAUAAAAGCUGAUGUUUUGAAGCAACUUUAGGAAAGAAUCAGAAUAACAAAUAAGCCAUCAUUGUAUUCUAAAACUUUUCAAAACAAAAGAUAAAUUUGGAUUAAAAAAUCCAAAAUAUUUAAGUUUGUUAAUUCUAAAUUAAAAAUCCUUAAAAUUCCUACUUUCUUUCUCUAAUGGAAGCAGCAAUGAAUGUUUCCCUCAAAAAAGAAAUGGCAGUGUUAUUUCUAAAAUCUGUUGUCUGUUAAAAAGGGACAGAGUGUUGUAAAGCAGCUAUGUAAAAUUUGUUUUCAAAAGACAUUCUUUUCACGCUGUGGCUUAGGACACAAAUCUGAAGUGUGAGUUAGGAAGCGCCCAGCUGGGAAACAUUGGGGAACCCAGGAUGUCUCUGUGUCUUAGUUUCCAAACACCAUUUUCAGUACAGAAACUCCAGACUUGCAGACUUAAUGAGAUAGUAUUUGUGAAGUACUUACAAUGCUUGAAAUAGUCUGUAUACCUUUUCAUUAUUGUCUUUCCAUCUUCAAAGAAAAUGUAAAAUGUCUCUUCAGGUAGAUUCGACUACUCCCUUCUGUGUAUAUGGGCUGCUCCAAUAUCAUCUGGAUAGGAUGCAACACAGCUUGACAGAGAAAUCCUCCAUCGGAUAGUAAAUAGAUUUGCAAUGCUUUUGCAUCCUUUUCUCCCCUUUUCAGUUCUAUUUCUUAUUGAAGAGCUGUGACAAAAAUCAUGGCUGGAGAUGCUCAGUGUUUUCUCCUUUGUUCCCUUCCCUGUCAUAUUGAAGUAGAAAGUCCUUACAAGAAGCUGCUGCUGAUAGGAAGUUCUGAGUAAGUGACAAAGUAGCCAGAGUUGGCUCUGUGCCCUUUGUUUCUCCAACCAUCUCUCUCGUGUUUGAGCUACAGUAGCUAGAAACUUUCAAAAUGGCAGGAUCCACAACUAACAUUACUUGUGAGAACAGAGACCAAAGAACUCUAAACUAGCGACUAUUUCUUUACGCACCUGUACCUCUCACUUUAUAACACAAGUGACAACUUGAAGAAUCAAAGUCUAACUCUAAAAUGCAUUUAUUUUUAAAGCACCUAGCUUUUUGCUAACUAGAGAGCCAGGAAGAAAGAAUUGUGGUGGGAGAGAAGUGCUUGUGGGAGGCAGAAGGCUUUGGGCAUCAAUUCCUUUUUAUAAUUUAAUCUCCAGCUCUGCAUUUGGAUAUGGCAUUUAUUCUUUGUAUUGCCUAAGUUCCUCAUGUCCACAAACUGCAGGUGAUAAUAGAACUAAAGAUUUUACAGUUUGCCAUGACCAGCCACAGCUUCAGGAUGGAGGUAGCUUAUUUUUUUAAUCCUGAAAUGAUCUUGCUAAGUCUCUAAUAAGUGGCUUAAAAAAUAUUCUGAGAUACCUGUUCUUUAGAAUGCUCUGUUGGUAUUGGGUUUAUUAAGCCUUUGCUGAAGCCCUACAAAUGCUUUUAGGCCUUUCCUGUACAAAUACAGUUAAUCUUUAGAUGAUUAUUUUUUAAUUUAUUAUAAUUUAAUUGUGGAGAGCUACUUUGGUGUAAAGGUUAAGACAUCAGACUAUGAACUGGGAGACUGUGAAUUUUAUUUUGCCGUAGGCACAAAGCCUUGGGCUCGUCACUCUCCAGUAACUGACUUUGGGUCUGUCGCACUCUCAGCCUUAAGAAGGAAGCCGUGGCAAACCACUUCUGAAAAACCUUGCCAAGGAAACUGCAGAGACUAGACCAA